UUAUUUAUGGAACGAAGCCAAGCUCGUUGCCGGGGACUGGAGAACUCCGCGCUCGGUGGAGGCGUUGGGGGCUCUGGCCGAAGCAGGGAUUCUCGGUCCGGAGAUGGGGUUUUGAUCGGAGGAGGUGGUAUGAGGUCCGUCGCAUUCGAUUCUCCUGGCGCUCUUGAUGCGUCUUCUGUGGGUCGUACUCCUCGUCAUUGCAACCCACCUGGAACUCAAGUGGACACAUUCCAUCCAUUUCUUGAUUAGGAGUAGUUCGGCAGCAAGAAUCUUAGCCUCUCUUUUCUUCUCAAUGCUGCCAAUCCAAGCUUAUGCCAGGCCUCAAGAAAGCUUCCCCUUCGCAUGCUCUUCUUUAGGUAGUCUAAAACUUUGAAUGAGUUUGCAUCUAAUACAAAGGUGAGGAAGGGCUUAAAAUGGAUCAUAUGCAAAUACCAACUUCUGAAGCUUCCUCUUCUAUGAGCAACCAAUCUGAAAAUAUUAAUCCAAACCAACUGUUCACCCAAUUUGGUGGAAAAAGUCUAAGCUAUGGUGCCGGAAGUGGACAGUCAUUCCCCAAGUACUCCCAGAAUUUGGACUUCUCAUCCAUAUGGCCUUACGAUUCUGAGCAAGUAGUUAAAACACCAGAUCAAGUUGCUCCAUUUGCUAACAGUCAAAUGGGUGAGGCAGUGGAUUGGGAUCCAAGAGCAAUGCUCAACAACCUUAUCUUCAUUGAUCAAAAGAUUCACCAAGUUCAGGAUGUAAUCCAUUCAGCCAUUGAUAUUGAAGGUCCAUUCUCUAUCCAACCAACUGAACUCGCAGUGAAGCAGCAGCUCGUGACCACAGAUCUGGCUUACAUCAUAUCUCAGUUGAUCUCAACGGUUGGUAAUCUUCUUCCGUCAAUCAACAAUACACUUCUGUCAAAUACUCCUCCAGUUGGGAAGAUGGGUGGGACUGUUGGUUCUACCCCUAGCUUUGCUUUGACUGGUACUUUACAACAAAACAAGGGCUUCUCUUCGGAGAAAAAUGUGGUUAUGGAACACAAAGACUUGAUCAGAAGUUUGACUGAUUCUGGGAAUGAAGGAAUCAAGCCAGUUCCUGUCAAGCACCAUGAUGUGAAGGUCCACAAAGAUAGUCUGGAUGGAGAAAAUCUUCCCGCAGGCUCAUAUGAAAUUUUGGAACCAAAAAAGGAGGACAUUUUAGCACCACACCCUCACUUCUGUCCAAUCUGCAAAAAGGGAUUUAAAAGGUCUGCGAACCUAAGGAUGCAUAUGAGAGGCCAUGGAGAUGAGUACAAAACCCCGGCUGCCCUUGCAAAGCCAAGCAAUGAAGCAAGCUCAGAGCCUGUGCUCAUAAAGAGGUAUUCAUGCCCCAUUGUUGGUUGCAAGAGGAACAGAGAGCAUGAGAAAUUCCAACCACUGAAGACAAUUUUAUGUGUGAAGAACCAUUACAAGAGGAGCCACUGUGACAAGAGUUACACCUGCAGUAGAUGCAACGCCAAGAAGUUCUCUGUUCUUGCAGAUUUGAAGACUCAUGAAAAGCACUGUGGAUGUGAUAGGUGGCUUUGCUCUUGUGGAACGUCGUUUUCUAGGAAGGACAAGCUGUUGGGGCAUGCCAAUCUCUUCCCAGGCCACAGCCCUGCGAUCUCCACGGGUGAUGUCAAAGAUUCAGGAGUGACAGAUCAGGGGAGGAACAUUGAAACAAUAACUGAAAUUGGUAGCUUGGGACAUAACUUCCCCGGAAACUCUGUGGAUGAUCUUGAUGAUGAUCCUUGCUAUUUCUCCCCUAUGAACUUUGGUUCGUUUAAAUAUGGGGGACUGGGUGACAGUCCACAACAAGCUUUGGAUGCCUCAGAAAGUUGGUUUUCUCCUUCUGAGCCUUGCAACAUUGUCCAAAAUAAUGGAGAUAACUCGAAUCUGGAUCACCUUGGAAAAUGGCGGUGACUAGAAAACAUCUUACAGCUCAGCAGCAUGUCUUUAGUUCUUUACAUGCUUUCCCUAGCUUUCUCUGUUUAUUUACAUUUGUUGGUAGGGGACCUUUUGUAAGUUAGCUAUUUCAUGUUCAAUUAGUGCUUCUUUGUACAUAAUUUAUUUUAUGUUCAUUAUGAAUAUUUCAUCCAUGAUGCUCCUAUCUUAUUAGCAUACUUUUAAUUUA